CAGCAGCAGCAGCAACAGCAGCAGCAACAGCAGAAGCGGCUCGAGUGAUGAGGAGGCGAGCUUGGGGGGCCCCCAGGGGCCCCCGGGGUCCCGGAGGCCAAGAAGGCCCCACGGGCUCAAGAGGCCCUCUUUUGUGCCUCGGCUGGGCCUCAGCCCGCAGCAGCAGCAGCAGCAGCAGCAGGAAGAGCAGCAGCAGCAGCAGCAGCCCGCUGUGGGGGUUAGGGAGUUUCUCUCUUCUAUGUGGAACCGAAUUCGAUGGGGGCAGGGCGAGAGGCAGCAGCAGCAGCAGCAGCAAGAACAGCAGCAGCAGCAGCAGCAGCAAGAAGAGCAGCAGCAGCAGCAGCACGAAGAGCGACAUCACCUAAGGCGCCCCAGGCGGGUCAACGGGGCCUUGGCGCAGACGCAGACGGAAGAAAAUGAGCAGCAACAGCAGCAACAGCAGCAGCAGCAGCAGCAGCAGGAGCAGCAGCAGCAGGAGCAGCAGGAGCAGCAGGAGCAGGAACAGCGGCACCCGAGAAUGCAGCAGCAGAAGGAGCAACAGCAGCAGCAAAAUCAGGACCGGCAGCAGCACCCGCGAAGUUUUACACGAGAGCAGCUGCCCCAGACGCAGGAGCAGCAGCAGCUGGAGGAACAGCAGCAGCAGCAGCAGCAGCAGCAGGGCCAGAGCCACGCACUAACGCGUCCUCAGCAACGGCAACCGCAGCAGCAGCUCCAGCAGCGGCAGAAACCACACCACCUGCAGCAGCCACAAGAGUUCCUGCAGCCGCAGCAGCAGCCGCAGCCGCAGCCGCACCAGCAACAGCAGCAGCAGCAGCAGCAGCAGCAGCAGCAGCAGCAACCAGGUGUGCCUGAUAGGCCGCACCGGGUUCCUGGUGUAAGGGCCCCUGGGGGCCCCGUUCCAAGGGCCUCCACCUUAGCCCGGCGGCGAGUUUUGGGGCCCCUUGCGCAGCAGCAGCAGCAGCAGCAGCGAGAGCAGCAGCAACAGCAGCAACGCGAACUGCAGCAGCAGCAGCAGCCGCGUGCGCCGCUUGAUCACCAGGAAUCUUCGACAGCUGCAGACCACCUGAGGGGAUCGCCUGCUGCAGGAGUCUCCGCUGCUGCUGCUGCUAGGCCGCCUCCCGAGACCCCCGCUGCUGCUGGCGCUGCCGUUGGGGCCCUUCGCAGAAGGGUCUCUAGGCCUUCAAGUGUCGGCGCGCAGCAGCAGCAGCAGCAGCAGAAGCCACAGGACGGCAGCAGCAACCACGACAGCAGCAGCAGCAGCAGCACCAGGAGCAGCAAGGACAACUGGUCUGCUUUUUUGGGCUCUGAGCUGCUGCCGGAGGCCGCAGAGAAUUGCGUCUUCGUGGUGCCCUCAAACCCAGACGGUAGAUAG